AUGAAAUGAGCCAGUUUUUUGUCGGGUUCUGUAUAAAACCAAUAUCUGUUGGAUCAUCAGUCUAUUGCCACUGGAAAGCAGAACUUUAGCAGACUCAGAAGUGAAUCAAUAAAGUUAUUAUAUCAACUUAUCGGGAUAUCUUUGCUGGUAUCUUUGCUGGUAUCUUUGCUGGUAGGAAGGUGAAUGAUGAAGUUGAUCGUCGUAAUAUUGUCGGCCUUCGUGGUCGCCGCGACUGCUAAGAACGCCACGUUUUACACGGUAGAAGAGUCGAUUGAUGACCACUACAUAAUCGUGAUGCAGCCUGGUUAUGAUAUUGAUCCCAUCAAGAUACUGAUCUUGGAAGACGUUUCAGGAAUCUUCGAUGGUGCUCAUAUCGAGUAUACGUACACCACAGCCAUUCAGGGCUUCUCGGCUAAACUCUCCAAAGGAGCUGUCGAAAAGCUGCUAGCCAGAGAAGAAAUAAAGUACAUAACCCAAGAUGGCGUCGUCCGUACAUCAGCUGUUGCAUCCUGGGGCUUAGAUCGUGUUGACCAGAGACAGUUGCCUUUAAAUGGAAGAGCAGAGUUUUCAGGCGAUGGCACAGGCGUUAACGUCUAUGUUCUCGACACUGGCAUCGCUCCAGAUAGUCUUUACUUUGAAGGUCGAGCCGUGGCUGCCUUUGAUUCCGUUGGUCAAGGGGAUUACGGAAUUGACUGUCAAGGUCAUGGAACCCAUUGUGCUGGGACAGUAGGGAGUAGCCUGUACGGAGUGGCCAAAGGUGUCAAUCUGUUUGGUGUAAGGGUAUUAAACUGUCGUGGAAGUGGCUCAUGGAGCGGGGUCGUUGCAGGUGUUGAUUUUGUGGCGACAUCUGGCCAAAAGCCAGCGGUAGCAUCCAUGUCGCUUGGAGGCGGCCGCAACAAUGCAUUAGAUGAUGCCCUGAAGUCUCUCAUCAUCGAUGCCGGGAUCACUGUAGUGGCAGCCGCUGGUAACUCCGAUGAUGAUGCAUGCCGAUACUCACCUGCCGGGGUCGAACAGGUGAUAACUGUCGGGGCUACAGCUGUAGACGAUGAACGGGCCUAUUUCUCCAACUAUGGAGAGUGUGUGGAUGUCUUUGCCCCUGGUGUGGACAUCCCAAGUGCAUAUAUCGGAGGUAUAGAGGAGACACGAACAUUCAGUGGUACAUCAAUGGCUUGUCCCCACGUCACAGGUGCUGUUGCUAUCCUUCUGGCUAACAAUCCCAACCUGACACCGGCAGAACUCGCAGCAAAAGUCAUAGAGAUGUCCACAAAAGACUUGGUCACUGAUCCUGGAUACGAUUCUCCGAAUCGCCUCCUUUACGUACCAUAGGAUCCAGCAACAGCCUCAUUUGAUAGACGUGACGCGGUAAUCCAGGGCGGAUUUUAUUUUAAUGCUGUCGUAAUUACGAUACACUUCUCAUUUCUCCAUCAUAUAGAACGUAGAUAGCUCAAUGAACACACGUAGGACCUCUGUUGUAUUAUUGAUAAUCUAUUUGGAAUUCUUAAGAAAUUUACUGACAAACUUUCUCCUUUCAGGGACACUCUGGAUAAUUAACGAAACCAUGAAGUGUAAGUUUGAGAAAGUAUACUAUUAGUUAACCUUCACAAUUCUCCUUUUUUUUUGAGGGGGGGGGGGGGGUACAUAUCAUUAUA